AUGAAUUACGACGAUGAAUACAGAUUUUUGAUCCAAGGGCAUUUGUUCUCUCUCAAGUCACCCGUUCACGGUGCUUCUUUGAGCGACAUAUGCUCCAAGACCUAUGCCAAGUCGGCUCUUCCCGCCGAUGGCUUCAUCUCCGGCAUCACGAUCGACCCAGACUCUGUUCAAACGACUCUGGUCUCAAACGCCAGCUUUCAGUCGGAAUGGUAUCCUACUGCUACCGCCGACUAUUGCAACCUCACUUUCGCCUAUUCGCACGAUGGCAUUGACAGUGAUGUCGUUCACGUGUCGUAUCUACUGCCCGCUCCUAGCAAGCUCCAGAACCGCUAUGUCUCUACUGGCGGAGGCGGCCUUGCUAUCAACUCUGGGAGCCAGUAUGCUGCUUCCGGACUUAUAGUCGGAGCUGUUUCCGGAAUCACCGACGGCGGCUUUGGAUCAUUCAACACCCAGUGGGAUGAGGUCUUCCUCUUGGCCAAUGGCACCAUCAACUGGCAGUCUGUCUACAUGUUUGGUUACCAGGCUCAUCACGAGCUUGCCCUACUCGGCAAGGAGCUGGCAAGGAACCUUUACAAUGUGUCCAAAAGCUCCAAGGUCUACUCUUACUAUCAGGGUUGUUCUGAAGGAGGCCGUGAGGGAUGGAGUCAGGUGCAGCGUUUUGCCGACCAGUUCGACGGUGCUGCCAUUGGUGCUCCGGCCUUCCGCUAUGGUCAACAGCAGGUCAAUCAUUUGUUCGGCAAUGUGGUUGAACAGACCUUGGAUUACUUCCCUCCUUCGUGCGAGUUGGACAAGAUUCUCAACUUGACCAUCACUGCUUGUGACGGUCUGGACGGAAGAGAGGAUGGCGUUGUCUCGCGCUCUGAUCUGUGCAAGCUCAACUUCAAUCUGAACUCCACGAUCGGUACGGCCUACUCCUGCGAGGCAUCCGGUUCAACGGGCGGACCAAUGCUGCGGGCCCGACAGUUCUCCCAGCCAUCAACCCCAGCUCAGAACGGGACCAUCACAGCAGAGGGUGUUGCCGUGAUUCAACAGUUCCUCGACGGCCUUCACGAUUCUGAAGGUCGCCGUGUCUACCUUAACUACCAGCCUGGAUCAGGGUUCACGGACGCCGCCACUUCCUACGACGAAGAGGCGGAGACCUGGGGCUUGAGUAUCAGCGGACUCGGUGGCGAAUGGGUCGCUCGCUACCUCCAGCUGCAAGACACCAGCACUCUCGAGAGCCUCGACAACGUCACCUACGACACGCUUAAGGAGUGGAUGAUCUACGGUAUGAACAAGUAUGCAGACUCUCUGCAAACCACUCAUCCCGAUCUGAGUGACUUCCACUCCGCAGGCGGAAAGGUGAUCCAUGUUCACGGAGAAUCCGACGACUCCAUCCCCGCGGGGUCAUCUGUGCACUACUACGACUCUGUCCGCAGCGUUAUGUUCCCUGAGAAGAACUACAACGAGAGCGUUGCCGCCGUCGACGAAUUUUACAGACUCUUCCUUGUCCCUGGUGGAGCUCACUGUGGCAGCAACUCGAACCAGCCCAAUGGUGGUUGGCCACAGACGACUCUUCAGACGGUUAUCGAAUGGGUUGAGAAGGAUGUGGCUCCUGAAACUCUGGAUGGAAGCGGUGGUGAUAUCGAUACCAUCUGCCGUUGGCCUCUUCGUCCGCUGUGGUCUGGUGACUCUCUUGAUUGUGUUUAUGAUCAGGAGUCUCUUGAUAGCUGGACCUAUGAUUUUGAUGCUUAUAAGAUGCCUCUUUACUAA